UGGCAUGUUCUAGUGUACCCAGAGCUUUUUAAGGGAGUCCAAUUAGACUCACUGUUUAACUUGGAUGCUAAUGUUGCUUUCUGUCUAUUGGAUGUGUAAAUAGCCAACAGUUACAGAAAUUACCUAUUUUAUGGUAAUAUUAUGUCAGGGUUGUGUUUGCAGAAGGCUGCACUGCCCCCAAAUGGACUAAAAUAUAAUUCAGAUUUAAGUGGCGUUACCUUAACAUUAUCACAUUGAGGCCUAAGCGCAAGUAAAUAAUCCAUUGUCUUUGUUUCCUAUGAAAUCUUGUCUUGACAUAAUUAUUCUGUAAACCUCUCUGGGUUUGUUUUUGGGCAGACUAAAUGCUGUUGGCAUCUCCUGUAAAUCAAGCAUUGGCUCCACUCCUUCCUGUAGUCACCCAGUCAAAGACAUGGCACAGCUCAGCGAGGUGCAUCCAGGAAACUAUGGCUUCUAUGAUGUGCAGCAGUCUGUGAUUGGCUCGUGCAGCCUGGAGGAUGUGGCUGUGAGAGUUUUGACGAGAGUCAUCGGACACUGUCCUCACAGGAACCAGCUCCUGGUUGACUGUGGAUGGAGUGGUCUCAGUCUAGACGGAGCUGGAAAACUUCCCACUGGAUACGCUGUGAUUGAAGGACACCCCAACCUUAAGUUGUUGUCUAUGACCCAGGAGCACGGUAGAGUGGAGCCCAUCUCAGGACUGCUGGACUACAGCAAAUACCCCAUAGGUUCUCUGCUCACCCUGAUCCCCUACCAUUCGUGUGCAACUGCAGCGAUGCAUCCCGUGUACCAUGUGCACUCUGAGGGCCGUCUGCUGGGGAAGUGGACACCAACACGCGGGUGGUGAACAGCUAGCCAACUGUUCACUCAUACAUGACCUUGUUAUGAUAGCUAAAUUAACUCUUAAUAAUCCUGCAGGAGGACUUCUUGGAGCUACUCAUGUCACCUGUAGUUCCUUCCAAAAUACAAUUGUAGAUGAAUUACAAACCACUGAUUAAGUAAUACGUAGAACUUUUUCUAGACAUAUUCCCCAAAUGUUUUUAUCAAAAG